AUAUGUUUACGGACAAGUAUGGUCUUGAUCUGUGCUAUCAUAGUGCUUGGUUAGGUGUUGAAAAGGCAAGAGGGGAUUAUAUGGAGAUUAUGAAGGUUCAUUCGAUAGGCUUCGGUGGUACGUUGAAGCUGCAAGGGCUAUGAAUCCGGGGAGCGUUUUGAGGCUUGAAUCUGAUCCUGUAACCAAGGAGUUUUCGCGACUGUUUGUGUCGUUUGACGCUUGUAUCAAGGGAUUCAACUACUGUCGGCCUUUUUUGUGUCUUGAUGCAACCCAUCUGAAAGGUAGAUUCAAAGGAUCACUCCUUGCCGCAACAGGGAAAGAUGCAAAUCAAUGUCUAUUCCCUGUAGCUUCUGCAAUUUGUGAUGCUGAAAAUGAAGCUAAUUGGACUUGGUUUCUUGGCCUUCUAAAGAGUACAAUGUCCACUCGUCCUAUUACCUUUAUUACUGAUCGUAAUGCAGGUCUUGUCAACAACAUUUCUGUUAUGUUCCCCGGUUGUCAUCAUGCAUACUGUCUCUAUCACAUACAGUUCAACUUGAAGGAUCACUUUCCGGGACGGUUUAGAAAAGGUUUUCGGAACAGGCUCGUUGAAUUGUUCAACAAAUGUGCAUAUGCUUCAUCGGUGUCGGUUUACAAAGCUGCUGAGGAAGAUUUUUACCAAUUUGGUGGAGAUAAAGCUAGGACCUUUAUUGCGAGUAUCCCCAAAGAGCAUUGGAGUAACGCGUAUUUCAAAGGUCAACGGUAUGGUGAGAUGAGCUCUAGUGCUCUGGAGUCGUUUAAUAAUUGGAUUCUUAAAGCUCGGGAAAUGCCUAUAUUUUAUUUAGUUGAUGAGCUUCGUCGCAAAAUUAUGAGGCAAAUGGCUGCAAGGAGAGUAAAGUCGAUGAAAUGGAAUUCAGUGAUUUGUCCGAAGAUGGAUAAGAAGUUAGCUCACUUUAUCAAGAAAGGAAGGUCGUGGAGGAUCAUUAUGUCAAAGGGUGGUUUGUACGAGGUACGCUGUCGUAUCUGUUGA